AUGGUAGUUGCUUCGUUGGAGUACAGACAUGCAUUCACUUUCUUAGAGACCUGUGAUGACAACUACAAUGAAGCACUAACAGAUGAUGACUGGAAAAAGGAAACUGUCGUGUGCACAUUCCUGAAACUUUUGUAUGACUCUGCAAACACUGUCAUGACAACAUUAGAUCAAACUGCAAAUAUAUUUUUCCAUGAAGCGUGGAAAAUCCAGCUAGAGUUGACUAAUGGAAUUUCAAGCGAGGACACAAUUGUGAGCAGCAUAGCUAAGAAGAUACAUGAAACGUUUGACAAGUAUUGGAAAGAUUGCAGCCUUGUUUUGGCAAUUGCUGUGGUUGUGGACCCGCGCUUUAAGCUGAAGCUUGUUGAGUUUUGUUUUUCCAAGAUUUAUGGUGAAGAUUCUACUAAAUACGUUAAAGUAGUUAAUGAUAGUAUUCAGAAAUUAUAUAAAGAGUAUACUGAUCAGCAAGUAACAUCGAUGACUACUUAUGUGGAUCACGGGGAGGCCAAUCUUGUGAAUGGGAAUGAGGACAUUCAACCUUCAACUUCACAUCCCGCGGGAGAUGAUCUUCUAGACUUUGAUAUGUAUGUCUCGAUGUCAGCAAAUCAGUCAGCAAAAUCUGAGUUAGACCACAUCAAGUAUCCUUGUCUAUCCACCGUGGCUAGAGAUGUCUUGGCCAUUCCUGUGUCCAUGGUAAAUCCUGGCUACUCCAUCUUUGAUGCGGGGACUGGAAGUAGAAUGCUUGAUGAUUAUCGAAGUUCCCUGUGUCCAGAAACAGUGGAGGCUUUGUUUUGCGCAAAGGACUGGCUUCAAUAUUUAUCCACUUUGUCGGAGCUACCAUCAACAGCAAUUGUUCAAACAGACUUCUAA